GCGCCAGGGACCGCCAUGGUGCACCCGAGCCGCGUGCAGCCGCAGCAGCCCGGGGACGCGCCGCGGCCGGGCCGGGUGGCGGCGGGCGACGCGGGCCCGGGCGGCCUCAGCGAGCAGCGCGGCCUGGAGAUCGAGCUGGGCCGCGUGCGGGGGGCGGCCGCGCCGUCGCCCCCGCUCUCGUCCUGCUCCCGGCAGGCGUGGAGCCGCGACAACCCGGGCUUCGAGGCCGAGGAGGACGAGGACGAGGACGAGGAGGAGGAGGAGGAAGGCGAAGAGGGGGGCACGGUGGUGGAGAUGGACGUGGAGUGGCGCCCGGGCAGCCGGAGGUCGCCCGCCUCCUCCGCCGUGAGCCCCGCGGGCGCCCGGGCCCGGGGACUGGGCGGCUACCCCGGCGCGGGCCACCCGGGCGGGAGGCGGCGCGGGCGCGAGGACCAGGCCCCGCCGUGUCGCGGCCCGGCCGCCGGCGGGGACCCGCCGCGCCGCCACCUCCCCCGGGACGCGCAGCCGCCCCGAGCGGCCUGGGCCGACAGGCUGGUCCGCGGGCUGCGAGGUCUCUGGGGAACAAGACUCAUGGAAGAAAGCAACACUGACCGAGAGAAAUACCUUAAAAGUGUUUUACGGGAACUGGUCACAUACCUCCUUUUUCUCAUAGUCUUGUGCAUCUUGACCUAUGGCAUGAUGAGCUCCAACGUGUACUACUACACCCGGAUGAUGUCACAGCUCUUCCUAGACACCCCAGUGUCCAAAACCGAGAAAACUACCUUUAAAACUCUGUCUUCAAUGGAAGACUUCUGGAAGUUCACAGAAGGCGCCUUGCUGGAUGGACUGUACUGGAAGACGCAGCCCCACAACCAGACGGAAGCUGACAACCGGAGUUUCAUUUUCUACGAGAACCUGCUGCUGGGGGUACCGCGGAUCCGGCAACUCAAAGUCAGAAACGGGUCCUGUUCCAUCCCCCAGGACUUGCGAGAUGAAAUCAAAGAGUGCUACGACGUCUACUCCACCAGCAGUGAAGACAGGGCUCCGUUCGGGCCACGAAAUGGAACUGCCUGGAUCUACACAAGUGAAAAAGACUUGAAUGGGAGCAGCCACUGGGGGAUAAUUGCGACCUAUAGCGGCGCCGGCUACUACCUGGAUUUGUCGAGGACCAGAGAGGCGACGGCUGCCCAGGUUGCUGGCCUCAGGAGAAACGUCUGGUUGGACCGAGGAACCCGGGCGACUUUUAUUGACUUUUCGGUGUACAACGCCAACAUCAACCUGUUCUGCGUGGUCAGGUUAUUGGUUGAAUUCCCGGCGACAGGUGGUGUGAUUCCAUCUUGGCAAUUUCAGCCGGUAAAGCUGAUCCGCUACGUCACAACUUUUGAUUUCUUCCUGGCAGCCUGUGAGAUUAUCUUCUGUUUCUUUAUCCUCUACUACGCGGUGGAGGAGAUAUUGGAAAUUCGCAUUCACAGACUACACUAUUUCAGGAGUUUCUGGAAUUGUCUGGAUGUUGUGAUCAUUGUGCUCUCAGUCUUCGCUAUAGGAAUUAACAUAUACAGAACAUCAGAUGCGGAGGUGCUAGUGCAGUUUCUGGAAGAUCAAAAUACUUUCCCCAACUUUGAGCAUCUGGCGUUCUGGCAAAUACAGUUCAACAAUAUAGCUGCUGUCAUGGUCUUUUUUGUCUGGAUUAAGCUCUUCAAAUUUAUCAAUUUCAACAGGACCAUGAGCCAGCUCUCCACGACCAUGUCGCGGUGUGCCAAAGACCUCUUUGGCUUUGCUAUCAUGUUCUUCAUCAUCUUCCUAGCUUACGCCCAGUUGGCAUACCUUGUCUUUGGCACUCAGAUUGAUGACUUCAGUACUUUCCAAGAGUGUAUCUUCACUCAAUUCCGUAUCAUUUUGGGCGAUAUCAACUUUGCAGAGAUUGAGGAAGCUAAUCGAGUUUUGGGACCAAUUUAUUUCACUACCUUUGUGUUCUUUAUGUUCUUCAUUCUUUUGAACAUGUUUUUGGCCAUCAUCAAUGACAGUUACUCCGAAGUGAAAUCUGAUUUGGCCCAGCAGAAAGCCGAAAUGGAGCUCUCAGAUCUUAUCAGAAAGGGCUACCAUAAAGCUUUGGUCAAACUAAAACUGAAAAAAAAUACCGUGGAUGACAUCUCAGAGAGUCUGAGGCAGGGGGGAGGCAAGUUAAACUUCGAUGAACUGCGACAAGAUCUCAAAGGGAAGGGCCACACUGAUGCAGAGAUUGAGGCGAUAUUCACAAAGUAUGACCAAGAUGGAGACCAAGAACUGACGGAACACGAACACCAGCAGAUGAGAGACGACUUGGAAAAAGAGAGGGAGGACCUGGACUUGGAUCACAGCUCCUUGCCACGUCCCAUGAGCAGCCGAAGUUUCCCGAGAAGCCUGGAUGACUCUGAGGAGGAGGAGGAUGAAGACAGUGGACAUAGCUCCAGGAGGCGGGGAAGCAUCUCUAGUGGGGUUUCUUACGAAGAGUUUCAAGUCCUGGUGCGCCGCGUGGACCGCAUGGAGCACUCGAUCGGCAGCAUCGUGUCCAAGAUCGACGCGGUGAUCGUGAAGCUGGAGAUCAUGGAGCGGGCCAAGCUGAAGCGGAGGGAGGUGCUGGGCCGACUGCUGGAGGGAGUGGCCGAGGAUGAAAGACUGGGCCGGGACAGUGACAUCCACAGGGAACAGAUGGAACGGCUCGUGCGGGAAGAGCUGGAGCGCUGGGAAUCCGAGGACGCAGCUGCCCAGCUAAGUCAUGGGUUGGGGACACCCGUGGGACCGAGUGGGCCGACUGCCCCCAGGAGCUCCCGGCCGCCGUCCUCGCAGUCUGCGGAUGGCCUGGACGGGGGAGGGGGCAGUGGGAACGCUAAUAUGCAUGUCUGACCCGCGCGUGUUAGCUAGCACGUGUCUCCCUGGCAGGGGAGAGGGUGGCUGUCCUGAAUCGCCGUCACAAGAACACUAUUUAUACGCCUCGACCACCACAGGACACUGAUCUUUGUGACCGAUUGUCAACCUUCUGCACUUUAAUUUAUUUCCUAUGAACUUUACCCGUGGAUCAAAGGACACUUUUUUUUUUCCUUUUUCUCAUCUAAGAAAUCUAGGUGUAAAUAUUGAGUACAGAAAAAGAAAUCUUUGUAAAGUAUGUUGAGCGGUCUGCCCGGAUGCUCCCACGGCUGAGUAUUUCUCAGUUGACGAUGAAGUUGCCUUUUAGAGCUCGAAGAGGACCGCCACGGGGCUUCGGCCUUUCCUUUCCAAUCUCAAAAAUAAGGAUUGUUAUUUUUUUGCCCAGUUGGUAAAGGGAAGGUCGGGCAUUCCUUUCCACUCUGUUACAGCUCGUGAGCGUAAGUCUCCUUUUAAGAAAGGAGACUUUUAUUUCAGCUACCUUCCUGGGGUCAACUUUUCUAAACGGUAGAAUGGAAAAGAACUCCAAGUCAGAGAAUGGGUAUGUGGUCAUUAUGCUAUCAUUGGUCUGAGUGGUUAAGAUGUUAAGUACUAUGCCUUUUUUUUCUUUGUUACUUUAUCUAUAUCUAAUGUCUGUGGGCCUAACUGUAUCACUUAAUUUUUUCAUUAUUUUGGCCCCAAUUUGAAUUGAGCUGAGUAAAACCACCAAAGAUCAAGUAUAGGAUAAAAUGGCAUCUCUAACUGUAACAAGAGAAUUGGCAGGAGCCCUAAAUUGUCACUAAAUUUGAAUUUUUCUAAUAAUGAGUUUAAUGUGAAGAUGUCUGAUACAUUCUCUUUCCCAUGCGGCUCCGCUCCUUUGCAACUAAAUUUAAUAUUACAACCAAUCUAAUAAGACCAACUUCCUAAAUUUUUAGUAUGCCCUGAAAGUUUGAACUCAGCAAAAACAUGGUCAUUUUAAGCAAAAUUGUAAGAAAGUUUUGAAAUUCAUAGCUUUGUUUUACAUUGUUUUAAGACUAUAGAACUCAAGUAAUCUUCACCCUGAAUGUCAGAACUAGAAUUUGUAAUCCAAAUGGAACUCAAUUUGAUAAAAAGGAGGUUUUAGUAUUGAAAGUUCAUCCGUUAUCAAAAAGGUAUCAGCUAAAGUCUGAGUUGGCAGCGGUUGGUUUCAUUAGGAGAGGGUGUCGCCGAAUUUAUGGGAGAAAAUCCAUUUCUCAAUAAAAAAAUUAAAAUUUUAUUUUACAAAAGUGUUAUGUAUGGCGACUUUUUGAGAGCUGAUAGGAUAAGCAGGAGAGAAUGCAGUCCUGCUGAAUAACCCUCACUCGGAGAACUAGUAGAAGAGAGUCCUGGUUUUUAAUGCUGUAUUUUAAAUUCACAAGUCGUUCAGUUAGUUGGUGGAAUAUGUCAGUCGAAUCUCCAAAGACAGCGUGAGCACACAAACUUUUCUAGGUUGGCCUCUAUAAAAGUGAAACAUAUUGGGUUUCUUGAACCGUUAUUCUUCAUGGUUUCUUCUCUAUCUCUACUUUCUUUCAAAUAUGCUACACAAAGUUCUUUAUUACUAUGUGCUAAAGUUUGCAUUCCAGGGAUAUUGAGUGUACAUAUUUACGUAUGUGUACCAUGUUGUUAACAUGUAAACAAACUUCAAUUUGAAGUGCAGCCAUAUGUGGUAUCCAUGUGCAGCGACCUUGUGCCAUAGAUCAACUGUGGUCACUAGAAAGUCUUUUUAUACUUAUUAUGAUGCUGUUUUUCAUUGCACUUGUAAAAUUUUGCAGAAUUCUAUCUUUACUCAUAAAUGACGUGUAUUUUUCUUCUUUAGUCAUGGAAAAUUCCCCCCUCUUCCCAUCCCUAUCAUCUUCCCCCCUGAAUUGGUAUUCUUAAGAUGUUACAUAUGCAAGUCUUUCUCCACAAUCAAGGAUUUUAUUAAUGUGUAAUACUGAGCUCUUUACUUCUUAAUAAAGACUUGAUAUAACAGCA